AUGCAAUCAUGGUCAGAGAACCGUCAGCCGCGGUCUAGGAAGCGCGUCGCUGUUGUUGGCUUUGGCAUGGUUGGUAUUGCCUUUAUUGAGAAGCUUCUGAAGUACGACCUGGACAGUGGCCGCGAUGAGUGGGAAGUGACCGUUUUUGGCGAGGAGCCGUAUGUCGCAUACAACCGCGUUGGCCUCACGCAGUACUUUACAAAUCGUUCCACCGAGGAGCUUUACCUCAACCCGCUGGAAUGGUAUUCGUCACAUACAGAGGGAAAACUUACAUAUCAUACAUCCGAUCCUGUCAUUUCAGUCGAUGCGCAAGCCAAAUCUCUCACAACAGCCAAUGGACGAGAUUUCCACUAUGAUGAGUGCGUCCUCGCCACCGGCUCCGACGCUGCCUUGCCGCCCUACGUCUCUCACAAGCAAUUCGAAAGCAUCAGAGGUUGCUUCGUAUACAGAACAAUAAAGGAUCUCGACAAUAUCAUCGAUUAUGCCGCCAAUGCCCCCAGCUUUCUUGGGCAUCGCAUUCGCAAAGCAGCUGUUAUCGGUGGCGGUCUUCUCGGCUUAGAGGCAGCCAAGGCUCUACUGGAUCUCGAAGAUGUUGACCAAGUUGUCCUGGUGGAGAGAAACCGAUGGGUCCUUAGUCGCCAACUUGACCAGGAGGGCGGCACGUUGGUCCUGGAAAAGGUCAGGGCUCUGGGCGUUGAGGUUCUGCUACAGGCCCGAGUCCGAAACCUUGUAUGGAAUCACGAAAAGCGACUCACAGGCUUACUCCUUGAGGGCAAGGAUGGACUGCCGGAUCAAGGAUAUGACGUUGACAUUGUCGUGUUUGCUGUUGGAAUCAAGCCUCGAGAUGAUCUUUCCAAACACGCCCAGAUAGCUGUGGCCAACCCGACUGGCGGCUUCAUCGUCGACAACCAGCUUCGCACAAACUUACCUCAUGUAUACGCUAUCGGAGAAUGUGCCAAUUUCCUCGGAGAAACAUUUGGUCUCAUCGCUCCUGGCGUGGAGAUGGCUGACGUCCUCGCCUUCAACUUGACCGAGGGUCCCUACCACAGCAAGAGAGAGAUGAAAUCCCCCAACAUCAGCACCAAGCUCAAAUUAAUGGGCGUGGAUGUCGCCUCAUUCGGUGAUUUCUUUGCGGAUCAGGGAAAAGUCACCAAACCAUUGCCAGGAACGACCAGUGCCCAUGCGGCCCGGAGGGCUCAGGCAAUGCCCCUGACGCCGGAGGACAUCAAGAAAAAGGUCAAAGCCCUCACUUAUCGGGACCCAUUUUCGGAUGUGUACAAGAAGUACAUCUUCACGGCAGACGGGAAAUACAUUUUGGGCGGCAUGAUGGUCGGCGACGUCAAAGAUUAUGUGAAGCUCGUGGCCCUGUGGAAUACAGGCAAACCCAUCGAGAAGCCGCCGUCUGAAUUCAUCAUUGGAGCUACAAAAGAUGGGGAGGAGGAGGGUGACGAUUUACCUCAUGAUGCUCAAGUCUGCAGCUGCCACAACGUUAGCAAAGGCGACAUCGUGGAGUGUGUAAACACUGACGGCAUUCGUUCUUUUGGAGAGAUGAAGACUUCAACAAAGUGCGGCAUGGGAUGUGGAGGCUGUGUGCCCUUGGCGACUAGCAUCUUCAACAGAGCGCUUCAGGACGCCGGUGUUGAAAUCUCUAACCACAUCUGCAAGGAUUUUGCCUAUUCUCGCCAGGAUCUUUACCAGAUUACCAAGUUCAGAAAACUCAAGGACUUCAUGACAGUGAUGCGUGCUGUCGGAAAGAGACCUGACAGUCUUGGCUGUGAAAUUUGUAGGCCAGCCGUCGGAUCUAUUCUGAGUUCGUUGUACAACGAAAACAUCAUGGAACCUUCCCUUCGCCAGACGCAAGACACAAAUGAUCGCUAUCUCGCCAAUGUGCAGCGUGACGGCACAUAUUCGGUUGUUCCGCGACUACCUGCUGGCGAAAUCACGCCAAAGGGGCUCAAAGUCAUUGGAGAGGUCGCAGACAAGUUCGGGCUAUACACCAAGAUCACUGGUGGCCAGCGUAUCGACAUGUUCGGCGCCAAGAAACAGGACCUCCCGCGAAUCUGGGAGCUGCUCAUUGAUGCUGGCUUUGAGAGUGGCCAUGCCUAUGGUAAGGCGCUGCGCACGGUCAAGUCUUGUGUCGGGAACACCUGGUGCCGCUAUGGCGUGGGCGACUCAGUUGGUCUCGCCGUUGAACUCGAGAAUCGCUACAAGGGAUUACGCGCUCCCCACAAGUUCAAGGGCGGUGUAUCUGGAUGCGUUAGGGAAUGUGCUGAAGCACAGGGUAAGGACUUCGGUCUCAUCGCCACGCCCAAAGGUUGGAAUGUCUUUGUGGGUGGAAACGGCGGCGCAAAACCUCGCCACGCUGAACUGCUCGUCGAGGACGUGACCCGACGUGAAGCGAUCAGGAUCUUGGAUCGGUUUCUCAUAUUCUACAUUCAGUCAGCAGACAAGCUUGAGAGAACGGCUCGCUGGAUCGAGAAAUACCCCGGCGGUCUCAAGGGCAUCAAAGAAGUCAUCGUUGACGACAAGCUUGGCAUAUGCGCGGACCUGGAAAGGGAGAUGGAGGUACUCGUUGGCCUCUAUCACUGCGAGUGGACAAAUGUUGUCAACAACCCCGAGCGGCGCAAGGCUUUCAAGCAAUUUGCCAAUACAGACGAGACGCAAACAGUAUCCGAGCAAGUCACGGAGCGUGCUCAGAAACGUCCUGUUGACUGGCCUGAGGACAACUCCCCUCUGCACUUCAAUUUGCGAGACAUUGCAAAAGAUGCAAGGUGGGACUGGCAAGUCAUCUGCAAACUUUCAGAGUUGAACCGCCAGAUUGAUGCACCAACAUCUGUCGCCGUCAAGUAUGGAGAAGUUCAGCUAGCUGUGUGGAAUAUUCCAGGUCGAGGCUUGCGCGCAUCACAGAACAUGUGUCCUCACAAAAAAGCGUUUGUGUUGGCAGACGGCCUGAUAGGUGAAGAUGAGCAGGGACAGGAGUACGUCUCCUGUCCGCUACACAAGAGAAACUACUUGCUGAAACCCAAAGCGACUGAAGGGGGCGGGAGCUGCUCAGACACCAACUACUCCAUCAUGACAUUCGAGGUUAAGGCAGAUGAGCAGAAUGAUGCAAUACUCGUCUAUCUUCCUCCGACAGAAGCACUUGAUGCUGUGCUUUCAACAACGAAAUGGAUGUUGCGAAAGGCAGAUGAAGAGGUGAAAGCCAUAGUUAAGGAUGCGGAGGCAUCAAUUGAGAUUGCAGAGCCUAUACUCCCUGGUAAGAUGAGAGACCAGUUGACACGUGCAAACCCCUUGCAAACCUGUGGCGGCAGCGGUGCGCUUGACUGGUAG